CGCGUGGAAUCAAGUUAGUGUGCGCGGCUCCGCCGAUGUAGGAGGAGACGCUGCUGUCAUCCGCAAAAAAAGUGGCAUAAUCCAUUUUUAAAGGCAACGGGUUUUCUUUCCCCCCCUUCCAGGAAUUUUACUUUUUCUGCUAGCGCUGCGACCGAGCGCUCGACCGACAUAAAACGACGCGAGAGGGGAUGUUUUUGACAUCAUUCGGUUACUCGCAGUGACGCUUCAUUCGCCUCCUUUUCUGAGGAGGAAUCUCUUUUUCCUCCAUUUAAAGGGGUGGAUAAGGCUGGAGAGGGGGGACAUAGGGAAAGCGGAUGUCGCGACUGUACGAUCUGUCCCGUUUUCACCGGGACCCGUGUUGGUGGUGAGCCGCCGCGGAGCCGUUGUGGGAGUGUCGCACGCACGCGAGGAUAGUUUGCCCUGGAUUUUUCAAUCAUUUGCGAGAUAAGGCUCCCGGACCUCCUCCUCCUCCUCGUCGUCGACGCUGCCCUCCCUUCCUCAUCCUCCCGGGUUUUUCUUCCUCUCUCGCCUCCGUGAUUUUGCCGCGGUCCGCACGCGGGGUAGAGGCUCGCGCUCACCGCGAGAGGACUGAACGCAGCGCGCGCGAGGCCCCCGACCCCUUCCCCCACUCUCAAACCCCCUUCAGAUCAUCUCCUCACCUCCCUUCUCAUUUUUCCCCCCGUCUUCUUCUUAAUAUUUUUUCCUCAGAGGAGGAGGAUUGGGGAGUCAUUUCAUUUCUACCCGCCUUUUUUUUUCUUCCGGCGGCCGCUCGAACCGAGCGAUAUUUUCGUGUGUUUUUUUUCUCGUCUCUGAAGCCCCGACGAGGCCGGGCUGUGUACAGUAAAGCAGUGGGGAUGACUUUAGAGUCGAUGAUGGCCUGCUGCCUGAGCGAAGAGGCCAAGGAGUCGAAACGAAUCAACGCCGAGAUCGAUAAGCAGCUGCGUCGAGACAAACGCGACGCGAGACGGGAGUUGAAGCUGCUCCUGCUCGGCACUGGCGAGAGCGGCAAGAGUACGUUCAUCAAACAGAUGCGUAUCAUCCAUGGUGCCGGGUACACAGACGAAGACAAACGCGGCUUUACCAAGCUGGUGUACCAGAACAUCUUCACCUCCAUGCAGGCCAUGAUCCGCGCCACAGAGACCCUGAAAAUCGGCUACAAGUAUGAGCAGAACAAGGCGAACGCCAUGCUGGUGAAAGAGGUGGACAUUGAGAAGGUGUCGUCAUUCGACCAUCCCUACAUUAAUGCCAUUAAGAUGCUGUGGUCAGAUCCAGGCAUUCAAGAGGCCUACGACAGACGCAGAGAGUACCAGCUGUCCGACUCCACAAAAUACUAUCUAUCUGAUCUGGAUCGUAUCGCCGACCCCUCCUACCUUCCGACCCAGCAGGAUGUUCUGAGGGUUCGAAUCCCGACCACAGGGAUUAUCGAAUACCCAUUCGACCUUCAAAGCAUCAUUUUCAGGAUGGUUGAUGUAGGGGGUCAGAGGUCAGAGCGCAGGAAGUGGAUCCACUGUUUUGAGAAUGUGACGUCCAUCAUGUUCCUGGUGGCUCUGAGCGAGUACGAUCAGGUUCUGGUGGAAUCGGACAACGAGAACCGUAUGGAGGAGAGUAAGGCUCUGUUCAGGACGAUAAUCACAUAUCCAUGGUUCCAAAACUCUUCUGUCAUCCUCUUCCUCAACAAAAAGGACCUGCUGGAGGAGAAGAUCUCCUACUCCCACCUGGUUGACUACUUCCCAGAGUUUGAUGGGCCCCAAAGGGACGCCCAGGCCGCACGAGAGUUCAUCCUGAAGAUGUUUGUGGAUCUGAACCCCGACAGUGACAAGAUCAUCUACUCGCAUUUCACCUGCGCCACCGACACGGAGAACAUCCGCUUUGUGUUCGCGGCGGUGAAAGACACCAUCCUGCAGCUAAACCUGAAGGAAUACAACCUGGUGUGAGACGUGCGACAAGCCCGACACAUGAAUCAGCAUCGAACAGGCACCCACAGAGCGUGCGCACACCUAUGUCCACACACCCCACACACACACACACACACACACACACACGCAUCAUGUACACUAUAAGAAACAUGGUUCUUUUGAUUUCUCUUUCCCGGCUUCCAGAGUUUUUCUCUUUCUGUCCAGCGGAAUCGUAACGGGCCUGUCCUGCUCGUCGUUAGUUUUGUUUUUUAUUUGUUUGCCAAAGUCUGUCCGCUCAUCCCCAGCAGCUCUCGUCAAAGGCCUCUUUCCCUUUUAUCAAAUUUGACCACCGACGUUAAGCGGCUCGGAUUUGACAAAGGGCGUUAGACUCGCGUUCAUGGGAAUGUCCGAUCGGCGAAGCUACGACGAGAACGAUCUGCGAUACGCUGGCCUGAAAAAAUGGAAGCGACGUUCCUUCCCCUUUCCCGUACUGUCGCUCGCUCUUAAUCUGCUCCGAGCGUUUCUCGGGAAUCCUGCCUGGAUGAACGGAAAAACGUGGUUUUCGCAGCCCUGCAAAAAGACAAAAAAAUAAAAAUAAAAUCACAAUAUAUUUACAUACUUGUACAUGGACACAUGGACUAGUGCUGUGGUGCCGGAAGUUCCGAAACGGAUCCUUCUAGAAUUCCGAAGAUUCCGGCGGAUUCUGUAAUCCAGUGGGUUCCACUGAUGGUGUGGAGAACCUUUCACUCGCGGAGAUGAUUCUCUUUUUGACGAGGCUAGUCUUCAACUUGCAUCGAUGAAUGUAAACUUCACGUGAGAGCAUCGCAAAUGCAAAUGCAAAAAAAAAAAAAAAAAAAAAAACGGCGUCAAAAAAAAUCCUAAAAAAUACAAAAAAAAAACAGAUAAUGAACGAAAAUAGUGUAAGAAUGCCUAUAUAAGCGAAACGAUACAAAGCACGCAAGGGAGAGAUGAAACUUAUUAAAUCUGUGUAUAUUGCUGAGAUGAUCAUUUUAAAAACUUUUUAAUGAUAAGUAACUAUAGCUACUUCUACUGCUAUCGAAUAUAAAGUAAAUUAUAACAGCAGUCGAAUUAUUGAUGGGUAAGAGACAACGUUAAGGAUUUUUAAAUGUGCGCAAAACAGGAUUACACAUUUCCGAUAGGUAUUGUUCUGCAGAUUUCCACAUUUAACGUUGAAAAUGAUUGCAUUGCUUCCCCCCCCUUCGUGGUUACGUUUUAUCCUCCUUCCUGGUUUUCGUUUUAAUUUCGCAAUCUAAAAGAAAUAGUUUCAGAGUGCGCGAUUUAUCUUUCUCCGCUCAUGAACAGAUACUUUAUUAAUUCACGAUCCAGGCCGUCGUUGUCUAGCGGCACGGGUGCUCGCGAUCCAUUAUUUGUUUACGCAGUUCGUUUUUAAUUGUCACGACGUAACUUUUUUUCGGUCGACGAUUUCUAGAAUUUCGCUCGAUUUCCGGUGGGGUCGCGGGGAGGACGGGGUCGGCGGCGGGGGACGGGAAAGCAUUUAUGCGCUGAAGUUAAUUGAUUGUGUAUAUUUAUAUUUGUAAAUACGUAUACACAUUAUUGCUUAUGUACAAAACGUCUGUGGUACACUAUCUUUGGCAAAAAAAAGAAAAAAAAUCACUUUUUCGUAAUUGUGUACGGUUCUGUUGGUUUUCUUAUGAAUUACAAUAUUAUUGAUACUGUGAUUCUUUGUUUUGAUUUUUCUUUUUUGGUCACUAUGAAUACGUCAAAUGAUAGACGCGUAGCUUACGGUAACGUGCGGAGGACGGACGUGAUGAGCAAUAGUCUAGAGCAGACUUUGGAGGGAAAAAAAAAAAUCGGAAACUUCGGAGACGGAUAGGGAUACAGCCUCCUCCGUGGUGUGAAUGUUAUAUAACAUAAAAAAUAAAAAUAUGAUUUUUAAGUAAAAAAGACAUUAAUUAAAUAAAGGACGUUUUAUUUAUAUAAUUUAUGGACCAGAUCUGAAGUUGUUGAUAAUUUGAAUGCUAUUGUUUUCUCUUUCCUAUUUGAAGCACUCCCAUGUUAUGAGACAGAAAUAGGAGACUAGUGUCUGUACUGCUGUAUAAACCUCCGUUAUGGAUAAAAUUAUCAGCUUUUUUUUUUUUUUUCUCUUUCUCUAUUUUAAUUUUCCCCCCAAACACACGAUAUAUCGUACUACAAAUAUUUUCCCUAACCACACUUUUCACUUUUUUUUUUUUUUUUUGUAAUUAUUGUUGAAAUUUCCAAGUGACGUUUAGGUGAAGUGCUUAAAAACAAACAUAGGAAAUGUACCAUAUGAAAAUAGACAGCUUUUUAUCUGUUAUUGAAGAUCUGUUUGGUCGACGCUUACGAGUAGCGACUUUUUCUUUCGAUUUUUUUUUUCUUUAUCGAUUCACAGCUCGUUUCCUUCAUUGUGUACGUGAUGCACAGAUAGAGAGAAAAAAAAAAGUGUUCUACGGUUCUUUUGCAGUCGAUAUUUUAUACAGGUGAUGUUUCAUUCAUUUUCAUCAAGGGCUACGAAAAACGCGCCACAUGAAAACCAGAAACGAUCGUUCACGGCUCUGAGCGUGAUUCGGUUCCCGGGGAGAAACGGCGUCAGAAAUGCGCCCCUUCCGCCGAACGCUCACGCAUUAAUCGUUAUUUUAUCACUUUUGCCGUCGUGCGUCGGGGUUCGGCGCUCGCCGCGGUCAUCGAACUCCCGAACGCUUUCGCGGUGGAUGUAAAACCUGACGUGUUAUUUGUAAACCGAACCCUUAUCAUUCAGUGUUUAAGUGGGGUUUGGAAAAUCCCGCCAUUUAGUAAACGAAGUAUUCGAAGAAACCGAUGACGCCAACCGAGCACUAAAUCUUCUGAAAUGCCAUCUUUUUGAUGUACAUCUCGCUCUCUGAAGCGUUCGAGUGAAACUUGGUGACUGUGGAGUUGAUGUCUGCUCACUAUGAAAACGUCUUGCUUCGUUUUAUCAAGCCGUCGAUUGUAAGACCAGAAGGGGGGGAGCGUUAUUCGCCGCAGCUUAAUUCUUAUUAAUGCACUUUUUGUUUUUUGUUUUCCGUGCCACGAGGCAGAUGCUUCCAGCUGCAGGCCGACUAUUCGAGCUACGCAUAUCUAUAAAUGUGCCAGUCCCAGAAGUCCCGUAUUCGACGUUCCCUCGAGAACCUCUACCUCUGUGAACCGUGAGACUUCUUUUGUUUUUUCGGGCAUUUUAGGAUCGGUGGUCAUGCGACGAGCACGCUUUUUAGUCCGUGGGGGCGCGGUCGGUGAGGUUUGAAGGCCAAACCUUGUUCGUUUGUUAGAUCUCGCCAACGAGAACGGCAAAAACCAACCUUUCUCAGGCCAAAACGAUCUUCCUAAAAGGUCCGCCGUGUGGUACGUUAAAAAUAGCGCCUAUCCCGUGGCAUCCGUUUUCGGUUUUGCAGCAGAUAAGUGAAUAGACAUAUCAGUUAUAAAGGCUUUGGCUGUUCCGGGUGACGGUUUAGUUACAAUUUAGGCUAGAAAAUACCGUAUUUAAAUGCAUAAAUGCUUGACCAAAGCAUUGUUGAUAAUCUUCGGCACUCAAGAGGGCGCUAGAGUUUCCUUCAAAUGUCUGUGCCAUUACACCGGAUGUUAUUAUUGCAGAAAAAGAAGAUUGGCUAUGGAUGUUGCCAAUGUCACCGUGUUCACUUUCGACUCGGAAAAAAAUCAAUCGUACGCGUUCCUAUCUUUCUCUAGCGCGCAUAAAAGAAGUCUCCGGGAGCGUAAAAUGAGGCCGCUCGCCUUUUCGAGUUCUGUGUUUGAUUUCUCCUGGUGGUUGCGAUUCAGCUCGAUGACUCUUUGCACUUGUGAGACUCUCUUGGUGAGACGUAAGCUUAUUGACAUGGAGUCAGAUUUGCCAGGCCACUGCGGAGCGAGACGAUUGAUACGUUUACUGGUACGGUUUUGGCGCAUCUGUGCGGUCCAAUGGCUGACGUCCUGACCCGAUGAAAGAGUCUUUAAAAUGUGAUUUUCUGUUUUUCACCCCAUGUACUUUCGUUGCAGUGCAUUGCCUGAAAGCUGUUCUGUCCAGGACCACUUGAUCAUGUACAUUUUUUUUUUUUUUUUCUCAUUCUUUCUCUGCUUCUUUGUACCCUUUUAUUUUGUAAUUAUACCAAAUGUAAAUGUUGUAUAAUAUUGUGCGUGCCAAUCCCCUUCUCUGAGACUGACUCAUAACAAGUGCCAAUUGUUGUCCAAAUCACAUGCGGACUGUGAAAUUAGACGCGGUCCCCUUUUAAAAAUGAGUAAAACACUAAAGAAGAGAGUAAAUGGAUUUACUUUGUAUUUAAGUUAGAAGAUAAACUGCUGUUUUUCUCUUUUUUUUUUUUUUUUUUUUUUUUUAAAGGAAUUGUAAUUAUUAAAGCAUGUGUUCUUUGUCCAGGUGGGAGUUGUGGGCUCAGACAAACAUUGAAAUCCUCGAGACGAGGAGACGUAGUGGAAAUUUAUUUUACAACAUUCUCGCCAUAUUUUAUCGUUGUUUUUAUUUGUAUUCGUUUCAUUUCAACCACUGUUGCCUGAACCUCAUUCAAACAUGGAAAUGAUUUUCAUAACCGCCUUCUAAAAAAAAAAAAACAAAAACAAAAAUUAUAAAGUAUCUGUUUUAAAUUUAAAUAAAUUUGUUCCUAUACUUGCUGAUGGUCUUGUAGCUUGUGUUCUUUGCGGUCCCUGAAGUGCUGAAGUGUUACCGAUUUAGAAUGUUAAGUCAUAUAGAAUGAAAGUAAUAGAAUUUCUCAUGCACUUUAUUUUAAAUGGGUUGCCGAAUGUUUUUCUUUUUUUCUUCAGAAAGGGCCACAGAGAAAUUGUAUAUAGGGUAAAUAUCUAAAUCUUUUUAGCUAUUUUUAAAAAUGUAUUACAUUAUAUUAUUCCAAGGAUGUCGUCUUUAACGUACAACUGUAAUAUCUCCUCCACUGGAGGCAUAAAUAAAUAAAAUGUUCAAUACUUUAGAAACGC